ACAAUAAGUAAGGGCUGCUUUGUUUUUAAACCGAGUCCCAAGAAGAGAAGGCUGUCUCAGAAUACAGAUAAUGAUUUCAGGAAAAGUAAUGAUUCAGAGGAUACUGAGUUGCGGUUUGUUACUUGUCAGUCUUUAUGGAAUCAGAUCAAAUCGGAAACAGAGCAAAUACAGGAAGACUUGAAUAAGCAGUUAUUUGAUAACCUAGUAAAUUUUUUGAGGCGGUCUCAUUCCGAGUUCCAAGAGAAGACAGCAGAAUGGACUUGCCGGAUGAAGUCCAGAGAAAUCCCUACUGCAGCUCUUGUCUUAGGUGUAAAUGUUACAGAUCAUGACUUGACUUUGAGAAGUCUCUCAGAAGUCCUUCAGGAUAAUGUUACUCCUUAUGUAGCCCUGCUGGAAGCCAAAGAUUGCCCAGGCAUAAAAAAUCUGAUACAGAAGCUGAUGGGGCAGCUGAUGAACUGCUAUAUAGAUGUGGGCUCACUGGAAGACGAGGACUCUGUGCAGGUUUCCCAGAGUAGAAUACGUUGUUCAAUGACUUCUCUUAUCAAUUGGUAUGGGAAUGUAACAAAGAAAACGGAUUCUGAAACUCCAAGCAAAAAAACCACUUCCUCUUCUAGACACUGGCAAUCUCCUCCAGUUGUAGUUGUAUUCAAAGAUUUGGAAAGUUUCACCACAAAAGUACUUCAAGACUUCAUAGUCAUCAGCAGUCAGCAUAUCCAUGAAUUACCUCUAGUACUGAUUUUUGGAAUCGCUACAUCUCCAAUGAUUAUCCACAGCUUACUUCCUCACUCUGUUUCCUCUCUGCUGUGCAUAGAGCUUUUCCAGUCCCUUUCCUGUAAGGAGCACCUGUCUACUAUAAUUGACAAGCUGCUUCUGACACCCCAGUUUCCAUUUAAACUGGGUGAGAAAGUUCUGCAGGUUCUCCUCAACAUAUUCUUGUACCAUGAUUUUUCCGUCCAGAAUUUUAUCAAAGGAUUUCAGCUCUGUGUUGUGGAGCACUUCUAUUCCCAACCUCUUAGUGUACUGUGUUGCCAACUGGUAGACAGUAAGAAGAGAGUAAAUUCUUUAUCGCAUGAUCAGUGUGAAAACAUUCGAAGACUGCCCUCCUUUAGAAGGUAUGUGGAAAGGCAAGCAUCAGAGAAACAGAUUGCACUGCUGACAGCAGACGACUUCUUAAAGGAAACAAUACAGAAGUUGCUGGAGGAGUUGCAUGUUUACCAUGAAAACUAUGUUCCAGUUCUGAGAUGUCUUCAUGUUUUCACAUCAUCUCUUCCAAAGUAUCCUUUGGGCAAGCAGAUCAGGGAGCUUCACUGUGCAUGUUUGGAAAACCGAGUGUGGGAGACAGAGGAGUAUGAGUCAUCACUUCAGCUAGCAAGGAUGUUGAAUAAGUCUGAUUUGGUAACCAUGCUUCAGCAAUGUGUGGAAAUUUUUGUGUCAUCUUCUGGAAAGGAGUUUGAUAAGACAGCAGAGAAGUUAGAAGAGUUCUUGACCCAGUUUCAGAAACUAGAAGUAGCAGAAGCUUUCCAAGAACAAGAUGUGUCCGUAUCGUCACAAAAGGAGCUCCAGAAGAAGACAGACCUUUAUCAUCUUCAGAAGACUUUGUUGGAGUUGAAGGAGUCCAGGCGGUCUAAGAAACUGACAAAGUUUGAAAUGCUUCGUUUUGAAGUUGUUGACUAUAUAGACAGUCUUGUAAGAAAUUACCUUGUUCCUGCGGACCACAAGACUCUGCAUGAGAUAGUGUAUUUCAACACAGCCAGUGUUCUCCGUGGGCACUUGAAUGCUGCCCCAAGGACUGCACUUCAUACAGCUUUAAAUAACCCAUACUGCUACCUGAAGAAUGAAGCUUUGAAAAGUGAUGGAGGAAACAUUUCUAAUAAAGCCCCCGAUAUAUGCAUUGCAUAUAAGCUUCAUUUGGAGUGUGGCAGAUUGAUUAAUCUUGUUGAUUGGUUAGAGGCUUUUUCAACUGUGGUGACAGCAGCUGAGGGACCAAAUGCAGAUACACCUUCCUCAGACCAGGUGGAUGAUAUUAUCCAUGCUCGUUUUAUUCGAGCUGUUUCUGAACUGGAACUCUUAGGCUUCAUAAAGCCCAGCAAGCAGAAAACUGACCACGUGGCAAGGCUGACAUGGGGGGGCUGCUAAUGUGCCACCGAGAUCUCAAUAAACCUGUUCUUUCUAAC